AUGUCGGCGAACCCGACCCAGACGCAGCAUGCGUCCCAGGGUUUCCCGUCCAGAAUUGCCGGACUGUCGGAGAGGCUAUCGACUCUUGAGCAUGUUGUUUCCUACCCUUCAAGUGCUGCAGCCACCUCUUCACAGAGCUAUGCUCGAUCCCAAGCUGGGAAAUCAAAUAGUGCCAGAACAGAUCAGCCCAUAUCGUCUCAUGUUCCAGCUACUGUUAUCUGGAAUCUGAAUUCCGUGAAACGGGAAACUCCUUGUCAGAGGGUCUCCGAGUCUCCAGCUGUGAGCGAGGACACGCCUAUUCACCAAGUCAGCGAGGCACGACGGUCAAUCCAACAGGAAUUGCAGAAUAGCAAUCAUCUAUCUCCCCAGAGGCGUACGGUUCUGGAGAACGCCUUAUUGCUGGUCAACAAGAUAUCCGCAUCUUCCACAGAGCCUAAGGUUUUCAGUGGGAACCCGAGAUGUGCAGACGACCAUGACGCAUCUGUCCGGGAAGAGUUCUCUUUAGAAGUGUACCUUAUGAUGUCUAUGGAUAUGUCAUUACAUCAGCACUCCGCUCAGAGACACUUCUACUGGCCCGACCAUAUAUCGAUCAGAUGCCUAGAGCACAUGAGCCUCUCGCUUGCAGAGGGCAAACUAGAUCGGCAGACAUCUCUGCAUUAUCAGGUUUGCGUUUACACCAAAGCACUGUUCUUUCUCGCCCGCGUACCGCAGCAGCGCUUGGGCGGGCGGCUCCGCACACACGUCAAAAAGACCCAAGAGAGAUACGCGUCCGCGGCUUUGCGGGCAUUGGAUCAGAUAAAUUUUGUUGGUACAUAUUCUAUCACUCUGGUUCAGGCCUUACUUUCGGGUGCACUUCUGCACCAAAUGCAGGGAUAUCCAACUCGAGGCUGGACUCUCACGGCGUUCGCUUCGCAAAUACUUGUCGCCAUGAACUAUCAUACAAUCAGAGACGAUACUCCAGUUCGUUGUCAGGAGGAUCAAGAUGCUCGUUUCUGUCUUUUUUCUUGCUUCUACCUUGACAAAAUGCUGAGCAUGCUUCUGCUUCGCCCCCCUUCAUUGCCAAGGCUGAAACUCAACCCAGCGUCACUAAUUCCGAUGGAAAGUGGCGCUCUCAGUCUGAUUGUCAAAACAGUGGUUGAGCUUGCUCAGAUUCAAGAAGCUGCAAUGGAGGUAGUCCAUAGGAAUCAUGGCCUCAGUGAUAUCAGCGACGUGGACACAACCCUUGACGCAGCCAUACAAAAUCUCGCUUCUUUGCGAGGCGUGAUUGACGAGCGAUGCCGUGAUUCUAGUCCUGCUUUACAGGUGGAAUGGAUUGCAACUGAGUUCCGAUAUCAUGCCAUUAUGGCAACAUUACUACACCUUAGCCCUAGGGUGCAAGCUCAACCUCAGGCUCGCGAAGAAUGCCUAGUACAAGCCCGCCACGCCUUCCAGGCCUUGAGACGACUACACAAAUUACUCAACGAGGAUGAUAGCUUUGUCGGUACCUAUUCAAUGUUUUUAUCAUGGUGGGCAUCCUAUUCUCACUCUAUAUCUGACUUGACUCUGAAAGAGUUAAUCACUAGGACCGUGCUUUUCUAUCCCAUGACUCCAUUUUACCUCUUGUUCUGCAAUGUGGUCGGAACCUCUAAUACGGACGACUACCAACUUAUGCAUGAAACUACUAGAGGGCUGCAUCGAUUUAUAAACACCAAUCCUUCUAUCUCCAAACUAUACCACUUGUUUACUACGUUUCUCAACUUAUGCGAUCCGCUUAUGCAAGGAGACGGCAGCGCUAACACGAUGACUAUGCCACUUGACGAGACUAACUUGUCUACGAUGCCAUCGAGUUCAGAAGCGGAAGUGAGUAUUCCGCAGAUUGAUGCUGAUAAUUACUUUUACGAUAGCGCAACUCGCAUUGGUAAUGUCGAUGACGGGGCCAUAGAUCCAAAUAUGGUAUCAUCUUGGAACAACGCGCAGAUGUGGGAGUUAUUCGGCGUCCAGUCUUCCCUUGAGUGGGUAGAUUCUGAGGUUUCUCACGCCAUGCCGGAGCGCUACCAAUAG